AUGCUUCCUAGUCGAGGAAUUGUGCGCUCUUUGCCUUCGGGCGCUCUCCAGAGGCCAAUCUGCGGUCAAUCCACCUACAGAACUCUGGGCCGAAAACUCGAUGCUAGACAAUUCGGUACAGUGAAGAGCGCUCGUUCUCCUCUUACGGCUGGAACAAGAGUUGGUGUCAAGAGCAUUGCGGCUCCAAUUGUUCUUGGAGGUGUAUCUUCUUCAAGGAAUUUGUCCAUUUGGGGAUAUAGACUUUGGGGACAGAAGAAGACGGAAGAGCCCAUCGCUGAAGCCGCCACGACGACACCCGAGGCUCCUACUCCUCCUGAGACUAUCGAUCCUACACCCGCCGUUAAUGAUGCUCCUAUUCUCAAGGCUGAGCCAGUCGCCGAGGCUGUUCAGCCCGCAUCCGUUACCCCUACCGAAUUCGACCUCGAAUCUAUCGCCGACCUUGCCAACCCCGCCAUCCUCAACAUGGAGGAGAAGCUUGGUUUCUUGAAGGAGAUUGGACUUGAUUAUGGUUGGGGUCCUACAUCAGUCAUGCAAUGGGUUCUUGAGCACAUCCACGUCUACACUGGUCUUGGCUGGGGUGGUACCAUUGUCGCAACAGCUAUCAUGCUGCGAAUCGUCAUGUUCUACCCUCAAGUCCGCGCUGUUAAGUUCAGUGCCGCUUUGAACGAGUCAAAGAAGGAUCCUCGCUUCCAAGAGGCUAUUGAGCUUAUGAAGAAGGGUUACCAAACCAAGGAUAACGAGAUGACUCAAAAGGGACAGUUCCUCAACAAGAUGGUUCGUGAGACACACGGCGCUUCUAUGACGGGCAUGUUCUGGCCUUUCCUCCAGAUUCCUUUCAGUUUCGGUCUGUUCCGAAUCAUCAACGGCAUGACACACAUUCCUGUGCCUUCGUUGGAAGAUGCUGGUUUCCUUUGGUUCCACGAUCUUACUGUCGCUGAUCCUUUCUACGCCCUUCCUGCUCUUGGUACCACUUUCUUGAUCUCUUCCAUUGUGAUCAACGGCAAGUACCAACCCGCUGCUCAAAGGGCCACAACCAAGAAGCUCAUGUGGGUGAUGGGUGGUGUCACACUCAUCUUCACAUCCUACCUCGCUGCCGGUGUCAACCUGAUGAUGACCACCACCGGUGCAGCCGCCCUCGUCACCACCACCCUCCUCAACACCCCCUCCAUCCGCCACGCUCUCGGUCUCCCUGCCCAAAAGGUCGAGGAGCCCGUUUACAAGCCUCCCCGCGAGACCAAGGCCAAGGGUAUCGAAGGUCUCCGCGAAAGACUGUCCGAUAACCUUAGCGAUAUGCAAAAGGGUGUCUCUGACCAGAUCGGAAACAUGACUAACCAGUACAGCGGUACUGCAGAGGAACGUGCCGAGCAGGCUCGCAAGAACCAGAUUCGCAAGCUCGAGGAGAUGCGCCGAAAGCUUGAGCGUGAGGAGUUCGAGAAGAAGUACAAGCGAUAG